AGGCAGGGGUCUGGAACAUUCUUUAGUUUGAGAUAGCGGGUAGCGGACACCGUAGGGGAUCAGGUCUGUAUACUGGCUGGGAUAAAUAGUCGUCAGGUGCUCGAAAUUAUUGUCAAAUUUGUUGUUGGUCUUGUGUGGACUGGGACUGGUCACGUGAUGCCCGUGUGGACUGGGACUGGCCACGUGAUGCCCGCGUAACUAUGAUAUAAGAGACAGUCGGCGGAGAAACAUCGGCGACAAGAUGGCGGCUGUGUGUUCCAUACCUCGAUUACUUCCCCUGCUCGCGCUUGUUGUCACUACCAAAGGUGUCCAAGCGAGAGAAUUUCAGCUCCAGCUGGCUCGGGCGUCACCUCCCCUUGACCUGACGCCUCCCCCAGCGGGCGCCCCGUCCCUGCAGACGGCUCAGGACGACCCCACCGGACAGCGGUACCCAGAGCGGAGGCUGACCUUUAGACACCUGCACGUCCCCCUGCGCCAGCCGCGCUUUGUGACGGAGACCACCACCAUAUUCCCCUUCAUCACAGCCCAAAAAGCCUUGAGUUACCUCACUCGUUUUGAUUCCAUACCCAGGCCUAGAAACUGGCCAAUCAGAAUUGUUCUAACAGAUGCUGAAAUACAAGGCACCGAAACAAAAAUUAUCAACGUACAGACGAGCACUGAGCCGCGGCCAGACGCGAGCAGGGGAGCGAACUGGCCUGGAACUCCCGCCACGUGGCAGGAAGCAGGGAGAGAAAAAUGGCGGGAUCCCGGAUGGACAGACGCCAGCAAGGUCGAUGGCUUCUACGAUUAUGAUAAACAGGUGAAAGCCCAGGUAAACAUUCGCUACUCUCGUGACGUAGCACACACAGACGAGACUUGGCGAGAUGUCAGGAUCAAAAGAAAUAAAGGAAACAGCAGACGAGAGUCGGCAAACGGUGAUGCCGACGUCACCACAACACAUGACGGAAUUAGGCGAACACAACGCGGAAAUGACGCCAAACAAAAACAAAUCGGUCAGAGAAAAACAAAGUUUAAGGUUAAAAAAGAAAAAAAAGCGUCGAAAAAGCGUCGAAAAGAUAAGAAAAAGAAGGCUGUUAGCUCUAGAAGAUUCUUUACUGUUGGCUCUCAUGACCAAGUUUUGAACACAAGUGACGCGGGGAACAGGACUGAAGACCACACUACAACUCUCACGGCCCUCGUCACCACCGCAAGAUCAAACUCCUAUCUGUAUGGACACAUUGGUGGAGCUGACAGUCCCAACACCCAGACUGGUGGAGCUGACAGUCCUAACACCAAGACUGGUGGAGCUGACAGACCCAACACCCAGACUGGUGGAGCUGACAGUCCCAACACCCAGUCUGGUGGAGCUGACAGUCCCAACACCCAGACUGGUGGAGCUGACAGUCCUAACACCAAGACUGGUGGAGCUGACAGACCCAACACCCAGACUGUUGGAGCUGACAGUCCCAACACCCAGACUGGUGGAGCUGACAGUCCCAACACCCAGACUGGUGGAGCUGACAGUCCCAACACCCAGACUGGUGGAGCUGACAGUCCCAACACCCAGACUGGUGGAGCUGACAGUCCCAACACCCAGACUGGUGGAGCUGACAGUCCCAACACCCAGACGUCCACUGGUGGAGCUGACAGUCCCAACACCCAGACUGGUGGAGCUGACAGUCCCAACACCCAGACUGGUGGAGCUGACAACUAUACAUAUACCGAGGCUCAAGCUCAGCGUUUAGAACCUGUUACGAAAGCAACAAGAGUCCAGACGAACAGAUUCGACAUUUUGUCCAAUGCCAACGUGUCGAGGGCACCGAUGAACAGUUUCGACAUUUUGUCCAAUGCCAACGUGUCGAGGGCACCGAUGAACAGUUUCGACAUUUUGUCCAAUGCCAACGUGUCGAGGGCACCGAUGAACAGUUUCGACAUUUUGUCCAAUGCCAACGUGUCGAGGGCACCGAUGAACAGUUUCGACAUUUUGUCCAAUGCCAACGUGUCGAGGGCACCGAUGAAAAACGAAGCGUUUGGCAACUAUCUCAGUGAGCGGCUUUGCGGUCUUUUUAACAAGAAAUACGUGCGGACUAAUAUCGGUGGAAGGUGUGAGUAAACUGUCAAAAGGAAACACAAAAUAAUUAGCUUUCGGCUCUAGCUUUAGUGAUAUAACUGUGUGUUAGUUCUAUUAGGUUCCAACACUGUUAUCAAUUAUCUAAUUCGAGAACACAAAAUUACAAGCGAUAAAUAGACUUAAGCCAUUUGUUAAUUCAGUAUUAGGUCGAUCGGAGAAACUUGAUUGUAGAUUAUAAAAUAAAUAAUUGAAUUUUUAAC